GUUUCUGGUGUUCGAUUUGUUGACGGUGGAUUCUGCUCUUCCUCUACACCAGCUGAGAAAUAAAGAGAGAUAGGGUUUUAUCGAAGCGCACUUAAAAUACCUUAAAUAGUCAACAGUAAGAGGUUUACAAACAGAUCGAUCAUGUUGAGGAUGAAGUGCAGACGACAUGUUCUUAUGUUUGCCGGUGUCAUGGUACUAUUACUGGGCAUCCAGACACUAUUUCUAAUAUCCAUGUUGGAUGGGGUCGCCCUUUUUAAAGUCGGCAAGUCGUCUGAACUGGUCCACACACGAAAUGAUAACAGUGAUAUGACACAAAGCCAUGCCAGAACGUCUUCAAAAUUAACACCCCUAUCAACAACCAGAAACAUACCAUACUCUGUUUCUAGCUGGAUACCAACCACAAACGUCCAACAGACGACUCUCAACUCGACAAAGCAGUUGAUGCUGGCUAAGAUGUUGAGGAACCUACUGAAGAUGACGCGACCCGCUGACGACACGUACAGUUUUAACGUCAGUCUCAGUGACCGGACACCGAUGGACAGACCCAUCGACGACCUGAGACCACCCGGAUGUAGUGACGUCACGUACAACCUGACCAGCCUGCCCACAGUGUCCGUCGUCAUACCAUUCUUCAACGAGGCUCUGUCCAUCCUCAUCCGAACAGUCCACAGCCUGCUGGCGCGAUCCCCUCCGCAACUCCUCCGGGAGAUCAUCCUGGUAGACGACAAGAGCACGCAUGCGUACUUGGGACAAGGUUUCGAAGACUACCUCCGGUUUCUGGACAAUCGAGUGGUGCUCAUAAGAAAUCAUAAGCGUGAGGGUCUAAUAAGAUCGAGGCUGAAGGGAGCGGAAAGGGCAAAGAGCGAAGUUCUCGUUUUCCUGGAUGCUCAUACGGAACACAACGUGGGCUGGCUGGAACCGCUUCUGACCGAAAUAAACCGGUUUUCAAACAUAGUUGUCCAACCACACAUGGCUGAGAUCGGUCAGUUUGACCUCCAAUAUAAGUCUUUCACAACUCAGAUGUUUCGAGGUGGCUUUGGAUGGGAUUUGAGAUAUGCCUGGUUUUUUCUUCCAAAAUACCUGACCCAGACUUUGUCGUCCCCCACAGAUCCUUAUCCAACUCCGGUUUUGGUGGGUUGUGCCAUCGCUGUGAGGAAGUCCUACUUCAAUUCUAUUGGUGCUUUUGACGAGCAUCUGGAGAUUUGGGGCGGGGAACAUUUGGACCUCUCCUUCAGAACUUGGAUGUGUGGAGGUCGCAUCGUCACGGUGGCCUGCUCUCGCGUGGGUCAUCUGUUUAAAACUAACUCGUACAGCUUCGAAGGCGACCGUCAAAAGGUCAUCAGUAAAAAUCUCAGAAGAGUAGCCGAUAUUUGGCUAGACCAGUACAAGGUGUUUUUCUAUGCCGCGACACAGACGCACGUUUCGCUACCGCCAUUAACUGCGCACGAAAACAAAACACUUGUGGAACGAAGAAUGCUUCGAAAGAAACUAGGAUGCAAAACUUUCAAGUGGUACUUGGAACACAUCAUGCCUGAAAUGAAAAUCCCACCUGAACAUGCUAUAUACCAUGGCGAGUUGGAAAACAACAAAACUGCAGGUUGUAUGAAAGUUUUGGAAGACGGCUAUAUAGGAAUCACGUAUGACUGCUAUACGUUUCGAAUCCUUCCUGAAAACACAUUCACCAUUGACAGACGAGGUAGACUGGUUUUUGAAAAUCUCUGCGUCCACAUGGACAGGGAUUUGUUGCUGUUAAGACUUGGAGACUGUCCACCAGUAGACAUCAGGGAAAAUGUCGGCUGGAAUUUGUUGCCAGGUCCUUAUCUGGGGAAACUCGUGUAUACUGAAGGCUCAAAGAGGUGGUGCGCUAUGCACAUCACAAAUAUAACCCCUGUGCACAAAUUUGAACAGAUGGUCCAAAUGAAAGAGUGUGAACCGGACACGCCCUUCCUCUACUGGAAAUUUCAGUACAAAUUUACAUACCGCUGAGAUUACAGACAAUGCCAAUAAAGACUGGACUUUUC